CAAAAGCGGAACUGUUUGCAUUACGUGUUUGGGAGGACCGGUUUCUGUGUGGGGACUGACGUAUCCUGACUUCCUGUUAUUGGACGCUUUAGCUGCGUGUUACAGAAAACAUGGAUGCUUGUUGAUCUCUUCCUUAUUCUCCUCUAAAUACAAACUUCAGCGCGUCUCCGCUGUGGUUUCGGUGUGAGUCUCGGUCAGCAGACAUGCCACUCUCGGACCGCUCGAGCUCAGACGGCGGCGGGGACUCUCGGAGCCCCCGGGCCCGGAGACCCCGGAGUCGCUCCCGAAGCCGCCACCGCAGCGACAGCCGCGACCGGAGCCUGUCUCCGUACAGCUUCGGGCCCAAGCUGCCGAAGCCGCGCAACCGGGAGAAGGAACGCGAGGAGCGGGACCGCCGCUUCCGAGAGGCGAGAAACAUCAGGCGGAUCCGCAUAGGGAGCCGGUCCCGGUCCCGGUCUCGGUCCCGGUCCAGGGAGCGUCACAACAACAACACCAACAACAGCAGCAGCCACUGGUCCGAGCAGCGGGACGCGCCCGGAAAACACGGCAGCUUCAAAGAUGAUUAUUACUACGAGCAGCAGCGGGACGACGCUCAGAGACAGAGACAAGAGGCCUUUAUUGCCAGGCGUUUGCAGGAGAGGGAGAGGAUCGGCGAGUUGGGUUGUCCUGAAGUUUGGGGAUAUUCGCCGAGAGUUAAAGAGCCAGACUCUGAUGAAUUCACACCAGUCGAGGAAGACGAGAAAAACAGCAGUUCAGAAUCGAGCUCAGAAGAGGAAAAGAAGAAGAAAAAGAAGAAGAAGAAGUCCAAGAAAAAGAAGAACAAGAAGCACUCAGAGGACAGCGAGCUGGAGUCAGAUUCUGAUGAGGAAGAAAUAAAGAAGAAGAAGAAGAAAAAGAAGAGCAAGAAGUCAAAGAAGUCCAAGAAGAAGAAGGCGAAGAAGAGCCGCAAGGAGUCGAGCAACUCCAGCAGCGAGGAGUCUGAAGAGGAGGAGGAGGAUCCCAACGGGGUGAUGUGGGUCGAGAAAACCUGCAUGGACGAACAUGUGGUCGGGCCCGAAGCGCCGCUCACACACAUGUCCCAGGACGACCGACCGCUGGACUUUGGUCACGCCCUGUUGCCAGGUGAAGGUGCUGCGAUGGCGGAGUACGUGAAAGCAGGAAAACGUAUCCCAAGGAGAGGUGAGAUCGGUCUCACCAGCGACGAGAUCGCAAACUUCGAGAAGUCUGGCUACGUGAUGAGCGGCAGCAGACAUCGCCGUAUGGAGGCCGUGCGUCUGAGAAAGGAAAACCAGAUCUACAGCGCAGACGAGAAGCGAGCUCUGGCUUCCUUCAACCAGGAGGAGAGGAGGAAGAGAGAGAGCAAGAUCCUGUCCAGCUUCAGGGAGAUGGUGUACAGGAAGACCAAAGGCAAGGAGGAGAAGUGAACGCCACAUCUCUACAGAUUACCCUUUAAAGGACACCAUCAGUUUUUGUCUUACAUUAUUCUUUUCUUCUUCUUUUUUUAAGAUAACCACAUUCAGUUUUAGUUGAAUGUAGUGUGAAGGGAGGAUUUUAAUUGUACAGAAAUGUGUGUAAGUGUGUAAGACUUUGAGAAGUUUUCCGUUGUAUCAUAUUCACCAUCCUGUUUACUCACUGGAGUGAGUCUUCCCUUUCAAUUGUUCAACUUGAAAUUUCUCUUGUAAAUCUUUUGUUAAUUAUCCUGAUCAGAACGAACGGUAAAUAAAUUUUCAUUAUCAA